AGAAAAUUAAUUUCAAAUAAAUGUACAUGCCAGAUGCUCAAUAGUUUUAAUCUCUCUCACCAGUAGUCCACGCUGUCAUCAUCCGUACUUGUCUCCUCACCAGCUCUCGCACGUGCCACCAACAAGAAGUAUUUCCCUUUUGAUUCUCAUACUCAUGUGUGUGGUGCAGUGUGUGUGGUGCAACAAAUUAAAGUUAGAGAGAGAAAACACCCAAUACAAUUAUAGAGAGAGAGAUGCAUAUCAAAGCCAAAACACAUUUUCUUGGAGGCCAUGUUUUCUUUGUGAUCUCUCUCUAAAAAAAGAGACAAUAUCCUCAGACCUUAGUCUUAUCACUAAAUUAUGAGGAUCCGAAAGCGUUUGGCGCUGUGUGAUUCCAUCCCUACACAACCUCUCUCACUCUCAGAUCUCCACCUCCCACGAUCAGAGCCGCCGUGUGAUUUCAAAACUGAAGAAAAAAUUAAACAAAAGGAGUUUGGAGAUGAAUAUGAUCGUAUGAAUACUAAUAAUGAUAUCAGGAAAAUAGUUAGCAUCGUCUGUCAUGGAGAAGAAGAUUCCAACACAAAUAUGCAGCCAUCAUCUUCUUCUCUUCAAGGUAGGUGUUGUGUUGAAAGCUAUAAAUUGGUGCCAUUAAAGAAGAGGAUAGGGAUUUUCGAGAGGAAUCCGAGCGAGGAAGGCGCGGCUGCAAAAAUGAAGUCGAAAACGAACAAGAAAUAUGGCGAUGUUCGGAAAGAAAAGGGGAAGAAGAGCAAGAGGGGUAAUGUGAUCAUGGAAGGGUCUCGGUGCAGCCGAGGAAACGGGCGCGGGUGGCGGUGCUGCCAGGCCACGCUGGUGGGCUACUCCCUAUGCGAGCAUCACUUGGGGAAGGGGAGGUUGAGGAGCAAGAACUUACUAACUAACCACAACAAGAGCCGCAAGGUUGGUGUUGUCAAAGCUAGAUCCAUCAGUAGUUUGCUUCGCCAAAUUUGAUGCCUAAUAAUAUUAGUGAUAUUAUAAGUUAAACCUAAUUAUUCAAUGUUGGAUCACUCUAUGUUUGCUAUUAUAUGGUUGUAACGUCUACUAAUUUUAAGGACGAGCUUGAAGUCGUGUUAGGUGGAUACUUGAAUUUUUUUUUAAGGCCAAAGUAAGAGGAAACAACAAUAUUGUAGGAGUAUUCAAUUUUAUAUGUCGAUUUGUUAAUUUGUAUACCAUUGAUGAAGUUAUUUAUGUCAGCUACAAGCAAAGAAAACCAAUGUUGGGGAAA